AUGUGCGCCUCAGCCUCCAAGGGCCUGCCCACCAGGGUCCCCACUCUGGACCCCCAACCCAAGGAGGCGCUGGGUCUGGGCCAACUGCCCACGGAGCUGCUCGAGGUGGUGCUGAGCCACGUGCCCUCACGGCUGCUCAGGCGCUGCCGCCGGGUGUGCCCGCGCUGGCGCGCCCUGGUGGACUGCCAGGCCCUGUGGCUGAACAUCCUGGCCCGAGACCACGCCGCCCUGUGGCCCAUCAUCAGCACCUACCUGCCCCCCGCCGACGACCCCAGGCCCUGCGUCCUGGGCCGCUUCUGUGAGCGCAGACCCAUAGGACGCAACCUCCUCCGGAACCCCAAGGGCGAAGGUGGGGAGCCCAGGAAAGGGGUCCUCAUGGGAGCUGGUGGGAAGGUGCUGAGGGGCAGGCACAGGAAAGCCGAGAGGCAUGUCCCUGGGUGGUGUCACAAAAAGGAAGUGUUGGACCUGGAGGAGGAGGGUCUGUGGCCAGAACUCCUGGACAGUGGGAAGAUGGAGAUUUGUGUCUCUGACUGGUGGACAGACCAACAGUACACUGACAGUUUGUAUCGGCUGAUUGUCCAACGUCUAGAUGCCAGCCAGGCCGUCCUGUAUCAUUGCUCUCCUUUGCCUUUUCCCAUCCCCCGGUGUAGAAACAGUUUCUCCUUUGAGGCCAGCCAUGUGUUCUCCAACCUCAGGAAGGGUGUCCGCUUUGUGUCUUUUGAACACUGGGUCCGGGAUAUUGAUCUCUGUUCUCAGCAGUACGUAGUCUAUCUGUUCAACUCCAGUGUGAUUGUGCGGGUCCGUCUGUCCUAG